GUUUUCGUUUGAUUCCUGCCAAACAAAUCCUAGGGUGCCUUUAUUUAUCUACCAAAAGAAUGUCCAAUUAUCAAGGAGAUGAUGCUGAGUACAUGGAAGACGUAGAUGAUGAGAUGGAAGAUGUUGAAGAUGAUAUGGAUGACGAGUUUCGUGGCGAUGAUCUUGGUGCUUCUGAUUCUGAUGUUGAGGAAUUUGACUACUCGAAUAAUAAAGUAGCUGAUACCUCGGCUGAGCAAGCUCGGAAAGGGAAAGAUAUCCAGGGGAUUCCGUGGGACAGACUUAGUAUUUCUAGAGAGAAAUACAGACAAACUAGAUUAGAACAGUAUAAGAAUUAUGAAAAUGUCCCUAAUUCUGGGGAAUCCUCAGAAAAGGUUUGCAAGGUCACACAGAAAGGGGGACUAUUUUAUGACUUCUGGCGGAAUUCACGAUCUAUUAAGUCUACUAUACUACAUUUCCAGCUGAGGAAUUUGGUGUGGGCAACUUCUAAGCACGACGUGUAUCUUAUGUCAAACUUCCUGGUUACACAUUAUUCUUCUCUAACUUCCGGAAAGCAUGAAGUUCUCAAUGUUCGUGGUCAUGUUGCACCAUCCGAGAAACAUCCUGGAAGUUUACUUGAAGGAUUUACGCAAACUCAAGUAAGUACACUUGCAGUAAAAGACGACUUUCUAGUUGCUGGCGGGUUUCAAGGAGAACUUAUUUGCAAGCAUCUUGAUAGACCAGGUGUCAGCUUUUGCUCUCGUACGACUUAUGAUGAUAAUGCUAUAACCAAUGCGAUUGAGAUCUACAACAAACCCAGUGGUGCACUUCAUUUUACUGCCUCGAAUAAUGACUGUGGAGUUAGAGACUUUGACAUGGAGAGAUACCAGCUUGUUAAGCAUUUCCGUUUUCCUUGGCCAGUGAAUCACGCUUCUUUGAGUCCUGAUGGUAAAUUACUGGCUAUUGUUGGAGACAACCCGGAGGGCCUUAUAGUAGACCCCAACACAGGAAAGACGUUGGAAACACUCUCAGGACACUUGGACUUUUCCUUUGCCUCUGCGUGGCAUCCGGAUGGAGUCACUUUCUCAACAGGAAACCAGGACAAGACUUGCCGUGUAUGGGACAUCCGAAACCUAUCUCAGUCCGUUGCUGUCUUGAAGGGUAACCUAGGAGCAAUCCGGUCAAUCCGCUACACAUCAGAUGGAAAAUACAUGGCCAUGGCUGAACCAGCUGACUUUGUCCAUGUCUAUGAUGUCUCAAACGGGUAUGAAACAGAGCAGGAAAUCGACUUCUUCGGGGAGAUCUCAGGAAUAUCUUUCAGCCCUGACACAGAGGCGCUGUUUAUUGGGGUAUGGGACCGCACUUAUGGUAGCCUCCUUGAGUUUGGUCGGCGCAGGAACUAUUCCUACCUUGACUCGUAUCUUUAAGCAAGAAGAGAAGUAUACACAACCCUGUCCAAGGAAGAAAAGAGAGCUCAUUCAGCAACCAGUGAACAUGACAGAAGCAAAGCAUAGAUUUAAUGGAUAUCUUAAAGGUGGUGUAAAUUAUGUGUUGUGCAAAUGCUAGUUAGUUUGUGUCUUUUGUUUCCUUCUCCGGCUGGUGUGUUAUGUUCCUUAUGUCUGGUCUCAAAAGGAAAAGGUU